GUUUUAGCAACCGAUAUGUCGAAGCACAUGAACCUACUUGCGGAACUGCGCACGAUGGUUGAGACAAAGGAGCUUACUGGUACUGGAUACCUUAGUCUCGAUGAUCAUAAUGACCGCAGUCUGGCAAGUCAUUCGAUUUUCCAGCAUGUUCUUGCAGGACUCUUCUUUGUUGUGUAG